AUGGCUCCCAGGAGGCCGGCGCACACGCUCUUCGCGGCAUCACCUGCGGCAUUCGACAUAGGACCCCAUGAUGUACUACCGAGCCAAUUUCUAGAAUUUUUCGACUCUUUGUCGACCCCGAGUUCUUCUGAGAACACGAGUGACAGUUCCCGUAACCUUAAGCUACCUCCAUCGAAGCGUCGCAAAGUAGAUCGUGAACCAAACGACGGCAUCUGUAUCGCAAACGCCACAAUAUCGUUCUCGCGUCGAUGUGAAAACACCCGUAGCCUAGACUCCAGCAGUGAUCAUCACGGCAUUGAGCCCUUGCUCUUUUUCGGUCUCAAUAAUAAUUGUUUAUCGAUCACUACUCGAACGGCCGGUGGUAUCGGACCUUUUGAAGCCGAUAUAACGCUACAACGAAAAGAAAUAGAUGGAAAUGUGGAAACUAUACUUGAUGUUGGAAAGUCCAGUCUGAAGAAAGCCACUCCCGGUGCUAUUUGGACGGCUGUUGAUAUUUCAAUCAAACAACGUCAGGGAUUGGCUUCGUUGACAAUCUCUUUCCAUCUUUAUUGGAAUGAAACACCAAAUCCGUAUGCAUACCUGAGGCGGAAUAAUGAGCGACGAUAUAGCGAGAAGUUGGUUCACACUUUUUUCCCACCUCACGAGAGCGCUCUCAGCGAGAUCUCGUGGUCACCGAUGGAUUUCUACAAUGCAGCGCACGUCCCGUCAAAAGAUGAUACCGAUUCCCUCUCCAUUGAUGUUUCCGGCCUAACCGCCACUCUCUAUCCUUACCAAAAGCGAACGCUACAAUGGCUGUUGCGCCGAGAAGGUGUGAAAUGGACUAGCCAAGACGCAGCUAUCCAGUUUUUGUCAGAAGAUGAGCGAAGACAAGAUUUAGAUCUUUUUCGAACUGUGCAGGACGCCAACGGUAGCAAGAUAUAUCUAAGUGAUGUGUUUCAAACUAUUACUCGAGAUCCCACACCGUACCAUGAAGCCGGCAAACUCGUCAAAGGUGGAAUUCUAGCGGAGGAAAUGGGACUAGGAAAGACUUUGGAAAUGAUUAGUCUUAUUCUUUUGCAUCGGCGCCGAACGGAAUUCUCCCCGGAGCCGCUACCUGGCCAAGAGCACCUUGUUCCCAGCAGCGCAACGUUUAUCGUGACUCCAAAAUCAUUGCAGCUGCAGUGGAUAUCUGAAUUAUCCCGCCAUGCCCCUGGACUACGUGUGAAGCAUUACACAGGGUGUCGAGGUGUUGAUAAGGAUGGUGAAGCCCGGCUUGUAGCCGAGCUAGCUGGGUACGAUGUGGUGGUCACAACCUAUAGCGUACUGUCCGCCGAGCUUCACUUUGCAAUCAGUCCCCCUGAACGGUCGCGGAGGCACGAGCGAGCAUAUAGCCGGGUUAUUUCUCCGCUUGUCCAAAUACUGUGGUGGAGAGUGUGUCUUGACGAAGCUCAGAUGAUUGAAAGUGGCGUCAGCCAGGCGGCUGCACUGGCCAGAGUAAUACCUCGAGUAAAUGCCUGGGGCGUCACCGGAACACCAGUCAAAGAUGACGUCAAAGACCUGCUUGGCCUACUCUCCUUUUUGAGAUAUGAACCUUACUGUUCCACACCACAGAUCUGGCAGGCACUUACUACCCGCUACAAGCCAUUGUUUCAACAGCUCUUCAAGUCAAUAUCUAUUCGACAUACGAAAGCGUCUGUAAGGGAUGAGAUAGCUCUGCCUCCACAGAGACGAUACGUUAUAAGCAUGCCUUUUACCGCGGUAGAAGAGCAGCAUUACCAGUCAUUAUACAAAGAAAUGGCAGAAGCUUGCAAGCUCAGCACAGAUGGUGAUGCCACUAUUGAGAAGUGGAACCAGGAAGAUUACGAAGAUGUUAUGAGGAUAUGGCUCAACAGACUUAGACAAACUGCUCUUCACCCAGAGAUUGGUGUUUAUGGACGCCGAGUAUUGGGAGGCAAGGAGCGUCCCAUGAGAACAGUGGAGGAGGUAUUAAGUGCCAUGCUGGAGCAGGGCGAGAUCGCGAUAAGGCUUGAAGAACGAGCAUAUCUUUCGAGCAAGCUGGUACUGGGCCAGUUAUUUGAAAACAGCCCUCGGGUAAGGGAAGCUCGAGAGAUUUGGGAAGAGGUGCAAAGCGAGUCCGCCAAAUUGGUAGCCGAAGCCCAAGUGGCACUCAGAGAUGCGCUUCGAGAGAAAGGAAACGCCAAAGACACGGACGAAUUCUUAGAGAGGGUGCCAGAUCCAGAAGACUCGGACAUUGAACUGGAAGACGAAGAUGUCGGUAAUAAGGGGAAACUGGGCGAGCUGCAGAACCGGCUGAGGACUAGCCUGGAGUUGCAUCACAAGGCCAUAUUCUUCUGCGCCAACGCAUAUUUUCAAAUUAGGGAUAAUCCGGAGCUGACACAGCCGGAUUCAGAGGAAUUCCAACACCUCAAAAAGCUCGAAGAUGAUGGUUAUGAGAGCGCCAAGUUGGUUCGAAGGAAGAUACUUGGGCAAGGGCAGCGCAAGGCGAUGCGGCUCUUGAACAAAAUCGCGUCAGCGGCCAAAGAGCAGUCUUUUGUUGAAAUACCGGAGCUUGCCGUGAACAGCGAGCGCGGAAUAGAGAGUGGGGGUAUUAUUGACAACCUCCAAGUCCUCUAUGAAGACCUCAACGAACAGGCAAACUUGAUCGACGAAUGGAGAGAACAAAUUAUUCAACUCCUCUUACGGCCGCUUGUUGAUGAAGAGGACACUACAGAGACCACUGGAGAAGAGCUCGUAGAUGCUGCGAAAAUCCAGGACGAGCUCAUGGUUUAUGUCCAAAUUCUUCGGGCCGUUGUCGCUGAUCGCCAGUUUGUCGUUUCGGGUCAAGAAAACGGACUGCUGAAGCAUGAGAUAGAGAUGGCGGUCAGGAUGGCGAACGAAGGCGAAGGACCUGCUCCAGAAAAGCUCCUCGAUCUGGCUGAAAAAAUGACAGAGGCGAAGCCUAGAAGGGCCAAUAUGUCUAUGCGUGCUGCUAUCAGCGACCUUCGCAGCCUGUUAUCUCGACUCCAUCGAGAUCCGAACCCUAGCCAGAGAGAACGUCUCGAGUCUAAGAUUGCGUCUGACUUGAUGAAGACUACUCAGACACUGCUUGGUGAACAAAACAAGGCAGUAGUGGCGUUGGAAGCGGAGGUGGAAAUCUUCAAAAGAGCUAUGAAUGCUCGAUUAGACUACUAUCGACAGCUGCAGGCCGUCUCGGAUGACGUGAUGCCCCUUGAAACUCCCAAGACUGAAGAGGCCAUUGAAAAAGCAAGAAAAACCAUUGAUGAUCUUCACAGAAAGCUGUUGGCCAACGAAGCCAAGCACCGAUACUUGGUGAGCUUGAAGGAGACCGGCUCCAAGUCCAACGAGCCUCGAAUGUGUGUCAUUUGUCAAAUGCCAUUCUCUAGCGGCGUAUUGACCGUGUGUGGCCAUCAAUUCUGCAAGGAAUGCAUCAUGAUGUGGUUCAAGGCCCAUCGAAAUUGCCCAGUUUGUAAGAGGGCGCUCAAGGCUGAUAACUUACACGAUAUUAUUAUCAAACCUCAGCAGCUCCAGGUCCAUGGAGAGGAAGCGGGUCUGCCCAAAGCAAGCUCCAACGAUGAUGGCCUACAGCGCCGUCGGGACUCUUCAAAGCAAACUGUGCUCUAUUCAGAGUUUGAUAAUCGAGAGCUUGAGCGGAUGAAGAACAUUGAGCUGGAUGGCCCUUCGUUUACAACAAAGGUUGAUACUCUUGUUCGGCAUCUGAUGUGGCUACGCGAGUCUGAUCCAGGCGCAAAGUCUAUUGUAUUUUCGCAAUACAAAGACUUUUUGCACAUUCUACGCAACGCCUUCAACCGCUUCCGUAUUGGAUACGCAUCAAUUGACGAUCCUGACGGAAUCAGGAGAUUCAAAGAAGACCCGGCCGUAGAGUGCUUUCUUCUCCAUGCAAGAGCUCACUCCAGCGGCCUAAAUCUCGUCAAUGCAAGCCACGUCUUCUUAUGCGAGCCCCUUCUCAACACCGCCCUCGAACUACAGGCAAUUGCCCGCGUGGACCGAAUCGGACAGCAACACGAGACGACGGUAUGGCUCUAUAUUGUAUCUGGGACGGUGGAGGUAUCAAUCUAUAACCUUUCCGUCAGACGGCGCAUGGAGCACAUGGGCAGGAACCUCAAGGGAAAAUCCAGAUCCAAGGAGUCGACGCCGGAACUGCUAGAUGCGAAUAUUGAGGAGGCCAAUACGCUGGAGCUGGAGCAGGCUGCUUUGUCGAAGCUUAUGAGUAAGGAUAGAUCUGCGGGCGAGAUGGUGGAUCGGGGCGAUUUGUGGGAGUGUCUGUUUGGGCAUGCAAGUGGUAAAGAUGGAAAAGACAAAUGA